AUGUCAUGGUACGAAGUAAAAGACCCGAAGGUCCGAGGACAAAAGGCCCAGCUUAGGGGGUUACCAACCACGGCUACUACGCAAAUCGGCGACAGGGGGGCGCGCCGGGGGCAGCGCAGGGCGGGCAUUGGAGGCCAGGUGAUGCAGUGCACCGUUCAAUAG